AGUCCAAAUCCAAAACAAAAACAGACUCCAUCUAAAACGACAGCGUUUCUGCCGUUUCAUCAAAACCUCUAGAAAACCCGCUUCUUCUCUCUUCUCAUUUUUCAUCUUCUUCUUCACUGUGAUUCUGUUAUUAUUAUUAGGUCGUAGCUUUGCUUUCUUUCUACUGCAAAAAAAUCGAAAAUGUCUCUACGUGUUUUGAACCCUAACGCCGAAGUUCUGAACAAAUCGGCGGCACUUCACAUGAACAUCAAUGCCGCUAAGGGUUUACAAGAUGUUCUUAAAUCCAAUCUCGGUCCUAAAGGAACAAUCAAAAUGCUCGUUGGCGGUGCUGGUGAUAUCAAACUCACUAAAGAUGGUAACACUCUUUUGAAAGAAAUGCAAAUCCAGAACCCAACGGCUAUUAUGAUUGCUAGGACGGCAGUUGCACAGGAUGACAUUAGUGGAGAUGGAACUACUUCUACUGUCCUCUUCAUUGGAGAACUCAUGAAACAAUCUGAACGUUACAUUGAUGAAGGCAUGCAUCCACGUGUGUUGGUUGAUGGUUUUGAAAUUGCAAAAAGAGCAACUCUACAAUUUCUUGAGAAGUUUAAGACUCCUGUUGUAAUGGGUGAUGAGCCUGACAGAGAGAUUCUCAAGAUGGUAGCAAGAACAACCGUGAGGACAAAGUUGUACGAGGCACUCGCUGAUCAGUUGACUAACAUAAUUGUUGAUGCGGUUUUAUGCAUCCGAAAGCCAGAGGAAGCAAUUGAUCUGUUUAUGGUGGAGAUUAUGCACAUGAGGCACAAGUUUGACGUUGACACACGCUUGGUUGAGGGUCUCGUCCUUGAUCAUGGUUCUCGGCACCCUGACAUGAAGCGCCGCGCAGAGAACUGUUAUAUCUUGACAUGCAAUGUAUCUCUUGAAUACGAAAAGAGUGAAAUAAAUUCAGGUUUUUUCUACUCAAAUGCUGAACAGAGAGAGGCUAUGGUCAUAGCUGAAAGGCGCCAGGUUGAUGAAAAAGUUAAAAAAAUCAUUGAACUGAAAAGAAAGGUCUGUCCUGAUAAUGAUAGCAAUUUUGUUGUCAUCAACCAAAAAGGAAUUGAUCCCCCAUCAUUGGACAUGCUUGCAAGGGAAGGCAUAAUUGCCCUUCGCAGAGCAAAGAGGAGAAACAUGGAAAGAUUGGUUUUGGCUUGUGGAGGAGAGGCUGUAAACUCCGUGGAUGACUUGACUCCUGAAAGUCUGGGUUGGGCAGGAUUAGUCUAUGAACAUGUCCUUGGUGAAGAGAAGUAUACAUUCGUGGAAAAUGUGAAGAAUCCAUUUUCUUGCACAAUUUUGAUUAAAGGUCCUAAUGACCACACAAUAGCUCAGAUUAAAGAUGCCGUCCGUGAUGGUUUGAGAGCUGUAAAGAAUACCAUUGAAGAUGAAUCUGUUGUCUUGGGGGCUGGUGCAUUUGAAGUUGCAGCUAGGCAACAUCUGAUCAACGAAGUUAAGAAAACUGUUCAAGGGCGUGCACAACUUGGUGUUGAGGCUUUUGCUGAUGCACUUCUUGUGGUGCCCAAGACACUUGCUGAAAACUCUGGGCUUGACACUCAGGAUGUGAUUAUUGCCCUUACGGGAGAGCAUGACAGAGGGAAUGUUGUUGGAUUGAGUCAAAACACUGGAGAACCUAUAGACCCUCAAAUGGAGGGUAUUUUUGACAACUACUCUGUGAAGCGCCAAAUCAUCAACUCAGGGCCAGUUAUAGCAUCUCAAUUGCUAUUGGUAGAUGAAGUAAUUCGUGCUGGGCGUAACAUGCGGAAGCCAACUUAGAUGUUCUUUCUUACUUGAAGCGUCUCUUUUGAAUAGGGUUUGCCAUGAGAUUUAUUUAUUUUGACGUGUCAACGAUGGGGAUUGUUAUGAAUUGCUUGCUUACUUUGAAAAUGAAGCAUUGUAUUGUAUUUUUUUCUUCUUUUUGACGGACAUAUUAGUAUGAUGAAGUCUACUAUGACUGAAUUUUGGGCUGCUUUACAAGUUUUGUAAGCAUGAUUUGUUAUAGAUCUAGUUGGAAAUGUGAUCUGUCUUCAAAAGUUGAUUUAUUUUAGUUCAUGAGGAGCAGGUGUAACUUCCAUCCAUCCAUAUUGUAUGACUCGUGAUUUUAGUGGACACAUUUUUACCGGCA